GUGCGUUUGUGCAGGCGUAUCUUUAUUUUUUCGCUGUUAGGUUAACGUCUCAUUAAUUAAUAAUAAAAAAAUGUUGGGGAAAAUAAAAACGAAGCAGGAGAAAAGCGGCGAGAUUAUUGCAUAUAGCGAGACGGCUGUUGCAAAUAACGCCGCAGUUGUAGAAUAUUGUAAGAUCUCAAUGGCAGCUUUAUCGGGUGGUACAGCAGGACUGCUAGGAUUGACUGUAUUGUAUGGAUUUGUGUUUUACGUCUUUGCAGUUUUCGGGCUGUGGGCAAUGCUGUUGAUGAAGGCUGGUGGCCAGUGGAGAAAAUAUUUUAUUAGCAGGCGGCAUCUCUUGACCAGUGGAUUCUUUGGGGGACUUUGCACAUACGUAUUAUUCUGGACAUUUUUAUAUGGAAUGGUUCAUGUCUAUUGAAAAAAGAAAGGGUGGAUGGCUUACAACAAUUGUGACACAUCACGUAAUUAUUAUUCUCGUAAUAUAAAUAAACAAGGUUGCAUAAUUAUUAUAAUAAACCAGUCAUUGUAUUUAUUUUAUUUAAGCGUUUUGGAUACUGACCAAAUAAAUGAUGAAGCGUUCACGCGUUGUUAUACAUCAAUAUAUAUAUAAGACAUGUUUCUUUAAAAUGAUCA